GAUGGGAAAAAGACGUUUCUUCUUCAAUCUGUAGCUUCUGCGCCGCUGGUUUGAAAACCAGACGGUAAAAACUCCGGCGUCCACAGACUGGGAAACGUAUUACCUGCUUGACACUUACAAACAUGUGGAGUAUGUACAUGCGGUCCCUUUCAUAUAUAUGAAGACGGAUCCACGCGGUGAGGAGAAUUUCAACGCCACUGACCGUGACUUGUGUUGUGGAUACGAUAUUGAGUGAAACUGGACCAGAGCAAAUUCAGACUGCCUGCCCAUCCCACCUUUGCCUGCACUAGGAAGUUUAGUGCCUGUGCGUGUUUGUUCCUCACCAGUGAUUCCUUAUGCUUGAAAGAAGCUGUAUCCCGUGUCCUACAGGAUGGAUGGUGUGGACUUAAAGAGACUUGUGUAUCAACAUCAGCACUCUGUGUUCUGCUGCGGUGUUCAAUCUUUUUCCAUUUACAAGAGAACACCUCCGAUCUUACACCUCCAAUCCCGGCACUGUAUAUAUAUAAAGACUGUCUUUGAGCAAUAACAAAGCACCACUGGAGGUGGAAGUUGUGAGUCUUUCUGUCUCUCGUUCUCUUAGUUUUAAAGCACAGACAGAAACUGUAUUUAUAAGCCCAUAUAGCAGAAAUGGAAGUAUCCUUAUUUUAAUUUUUCAAUUAUUGUACCCCCUUGCUCUCAGUGUGGGUGGUGGGAUGUCGGAAAAGCCAGACGACAAAAUGGUUAAGUUCCUAGCUCCCCCUCAGAAAAGUGGAAAUGGCCCCAGUUCGGGUUCAGAUUCGAUGGUUGGUGAAUGCCGCCCUACGGAAGUGAGACGGCGACAUCACACCAUGGAGCGUGAUCGCUGUAACCAGGAACAUCGUUUUCUGCGUCGAAGUGUCAUCAGUGAUUCCAAUGCUACAGCACUUGCCCUUCCCUUACCCAGCAAGAUCCCCAUACCUGCCCCUCAACGUGUUCAGCCACGAGAGGCUGUCCCCCAGAAGCAAAAGGCUGCCGUUACAAACUUGCCAAAGCCUGAACCAAGUUUAGUUAAAAAUGAGGAGACUGCUGAUAGUGAAACAUGUGAAGGAAAAGCUGUUGAACUGGCAAAGGAGGAUAUAGUGCCUUCAGAGCAGGAGCCUGCUGUUGUACAAGAUAUCUAUGAUGGAGAGGUGGUGGCAGCCCGCUCCACACCAUCUUUAGGAACAGAACUGCCGAGCCAAACAGAACCUGAAACUACCGCUGAGGUGAAGGAACCGCAAGAAGGAGAGGUGGAGGAGGAAGACAAGGAGUCCAAUAAGUCCCGACUAGAGGCAGAGCAAAGACAAGCUGAGAAACAAGUGCAAGAUGACAUCGAAGAGGCAGAAAUCAAAGCUGUGGGAACAUCACCUGAUGGACGUUUCCUGAAGUUUGACAUUGAAAUCGGACGUGGCUCCUUCAAGACCGUCUACAAGGGCCUGGACACUGAGACAACAGUGGAGGUGGCCUGGUGUGAGCUGCAGGAUCGUAAGUUAACAAAGACAGAACGGCAGCGUUUUAAGGAGGAAGCUGGGAUGUUAAAAGGACUGCAGCAUCCCAACAUUGUUCGCUUCUACGACUCCUGGGAGGGACCCUGCAAAGGCAGGAAGUGUAUUGUAUUGGUGACGGAACUCAUGACUUCUGGCACGCUCAAAACAUAUCUGAAGAGGUUCAAGGUGAUGAAAAUUAAAGUGCUGCGGAGCUGGUGUAGACAAAUCCUCAAGGGGCUCCACUUCCUCCACACUCGGGCUCCUCCGAUAAUCCACAGAGACCUUAAAUGUGACAACAUUUUCAUCACAGGCCCGACAGGAUCCGUCAAGAUUGGAGACCUGGGACUGGCCACGCUUAAGCGUGCAUCCUUUGCCAAGAGUGUUAUAGGUACCCCUGAGUUCAUGGCGCCUGAGAUGUAUGAGGAGAAGUACGACGAGUCAGUGGAUGUGUAUGCCUUUGGAAUGUGCAUGCUGGAGAUGGCCACCUCAGAGUACCCUUACUCAGAGUGCCAGAACGCUGCACAGAUCUACCGCAGAGUCACCAGCGGGGUGAAGCCAGGCAGCUUCGACAAGGUGGCCAUUCCUGAAGUGAAGGAGAUCAUCGAGGGAUGUAUCCGCCAGAACAAAGAUGAGAGGUACUCAAUCAAGGACCUUCUGAACCAUGCCUUCUUUCAAGAGGAAACAGGCGUGCGUGUGGAGUUGGCAGAAGAGGACGACGGAGAGAUGGAGGCUAUUAAGCUGUGGCUGAGGAUUGAGGAUAUAAAAAAACUCAAGGGGAAGUACAAAGACAACGAAGCAAUUGAGUUUUCUUUUGACCUCAACAAAGAUGUUCCAGAGGAUGUGGCUCAGGAAAUGGUUGAGUCGGGGUAUGUGUGUGAAGGUGACCACAAGACCAUCGCGAAGGCCAUAAAGGACAGGGUAUCUCUAAUCAGUCGCAAGAGGGCACAGCGACAGCAGGUCAGAGAAGAUCAGGAGAAGAAAAGAUUGGAAGAACUGCAGAGCCAGACACUGCCAAUACAGCAACAAUCAAGCAUGGACGUGCCUCAGUCGCCGCAAGUUUCCCAGCCUGCUUCUUACGUCUCCCCGCAACCUAACCAACACAGCACACAGAUGUCUGCGCAACCAGCAUCACAGCAGAGCAUUCAGACAUCCAACUACAGCACUCCUCAAUCCACCCAGCUGACUGGUGUGGCACAAGUGGUCCAUUAUGUCCCCCAGUCAACUGGGCAAGUCCCAGUUCAGGGUCAGAGUGUAGCUACCAUCCAGCCCGAAUCUGAAGAGCCUGAGAGUGACCAACAGCUACAGCACCCUGGAGCUCGGGACAUGGGAGACAGACUUCCCCCUUCUUCCAUCCAUUCAGAGGUUCAGCAGACGCAGAAUGACCAGACACAGCAGCAGUUGUCAGGGGUUCAACCCCAGAUGCAGCCUGAAGUUAAUCCUGUUGCACCCACCAGUCAGUCUGCUCCAGUGGCUCCUGCACAGUACGGACUUUACUACCAACCAUCGCUACCCCCUCAGAUUCCCUCCCAGCAAGUGAUGAUUCCCCCGUCGUCUCAGUCGUCCGUCCCCCAGCAGCACCCAGACAGCCUCGGUUCCCUACCACAAACACACACUGGAGUCCAGCAGCUACAGGCGCCUGUGAGUGUCCCUCAGUCAACACAAGCAGAGCAGCCACCGGGGUCCACGGCUCUCAUGCCACCAUCUGGAGAAAACUGCCUUUCAGAUGCGGCGUCGGGUCUUAGUGACGGUAACGAUGGGAGUUCUACGUCAUCGGGACGCCACGAGGGCCGCUCGCUGAAGCGACACCAACGCCGAUCUGUACGCAGCCGCUCUCGCCACGAGAAGUCUGCGAAGGCCAAGCUCAACGUUCUCAGUAUCUCUAAUGUGGGAGACAGAGUGGCUGAGUGCCAGCUAGAGACACACAACAGAAAGAUGGUGACUUUCAAGUUUGACCUCGAUGGAGAUAACCCAGAGGAGAUCGCACAGAUCAUGGUUGCAAGUGAGUUCAUCUUGGAAAAUGAACGAGAGUCAUUUAUUGAGCAGGUCCGUGAAGUCAUAGAAAUGGCUGAUGAGAAAGGAGAGGGCAUGAACGAAGGCUUUCCCCAGAUGAGUGAUCUCCAGCAACAGCCCGAGCUGUCUGUCCCUAUGCUGCCAGGUAUCGCCCCCAGCAUCUCAGCUCAGGUGGUUCAUUCGGCAGGACGUAGGUUCAUAGUCAGCCCAGUGCCAGAGUCUCGUCUUAGAGAACAGUUCUUUGGAGCUCCUUCUGCUAAUACCUCCUUUAGUGAUGAACCUGCUCCCUUAACAGGAUUGGGCCUUUCUCUGUCUGCGCCAUCUGGGACUCUGCAGCAGGCAUUUGGUGCCAUGAAGCAGGCUCGUAUGGAGAGAUGUAACACCGUCGACCCCCCAGCUUCUGAGCAAGAACCAGGUGCCGCCCUCUCCACUGAGGCCGCCUCAAAGUCCAAGAGCCUCCUGACUCUUCCAGAAGCAGUAGCUCCCACCGCUACUACAUCUCUCACGCCUACUGCAACGUCCUCACCGCCCCACUCUGCUGAGAGAGCGUCCUCUCCACCCGUAUCUAUUCAGUCCCAAAAUGUCCCCAGUGAUUCCAGUCCACCGCACCAGUCUACCCAUGAAAGCAUCCCACCGUCAUCUUCCAACAUUUCCCCUCCUUCAACUCAGACCUCCGUCCCUGCAGCACCCGGGUCUGGGCUCAGCAGUGCUCCUGUCUCUUCUGUUACUGGCGGUACAUCCAGUAGCGCUGCAACUGGCCCCUCAUCUGAACAGCAGCAGCCGUUUAACAGCGGCACCAACUCUUCUCAUCCCAUGAAUUCAUCCAUCCAUGCGCAACAGCACCCGGCCUCACAGCCUGGUCCAAUCCCUGCUCAGUGUUCCACCUCGGUACCCGGUCAGAGCCAAGUCCAGCCACAGUCUGGGGAGUCAGAGGGGGCUGAGGUCCAGACUAAGGCGGCUGGCAGAGACGACAUUCAAGCCCUAGAUAAGAAACUACGGUCCCUCUUCAAAGACCAGAGCUCUGCCUCCUCAGCCUCACUAGAUCCCAGUCAGAACACAGGGACCUCCUCUCCUCCCGCGGGGACGACUUCUCCUCCACCUGGACUUGCAGUUGUUCCCCCAUCGAACCUUCCACAACCUGGGCUGGUCUCCACCACCACUCCAGGACAGGGUGUGACAUCAGGACAUGCCCACACACCUCCCACCAAGUCCAGGGCAAAUAGUUUUCCAACUGAUUCUAACCAAGCUGCUACAACCCCCUCUGACUCUGUGCCCCCAUUUCCUGGACCAAAUCAGUCGCAGCAACCUUUGGGUAAUCUGGACACUCAGUUGAGAAGAGCUCUGAGUCCAGAAACUGUACAAGGAAGUAACAGAGGCCAGGCCCCAGCAGACGGUUUCACUCGAGGACGUUUCCAAGUCUCUGUCGCAACCGACGGAGCAACCACCAGUCUUCAAGAUACGCCCAUCGUUGUUCCUUCUUCUUCCCUUACGCCGUCUUCUACUUCCUCCUCCUCUUCUUCCUCUUCCUCCUCCUCCUCAUCCUCCUCCUCCUCCUCCCCUUCAAGUCCAGAAAAUACCCUCCACCGAUCGUCCACUUUGUCCAAAGGAACGUGUGAAUCUGACAACAGGAAUGGAGCCUCACCUCCUUCUGCUGAUCCUACCUGUCAGCUUACCACUAUUGGACGAUUCCAGGUGUCAACAAAUAGCAGUGUCGUAUCUGAGCCGCCUGGCUCUAAAGUGGGACGAUUUUCAGUCACAGUGACCCCAGCUUCAGAACCGAGCUCCAGUCCAUCGCAGGCCAGCAGCGUGCAGAACGGACCGUCAUCCUCAACUUCCGACCCUCAUAACGCACACAACCUUUACAGCAGCGACAACGACGAUGACUCGGAAACUGAGGACGAAGCCUUGCAGAAAGAAAUAAGCCGCCUGAGGGAAAAACACAUGAUGGAGACUCAGGCCCUGCAGACUCGUCAGAAGGAGGAGAUUGAGGCUCUGUUCACCCGGAUGGGAAAACCUCCUCCUCCGUCUGUCUACUCGCCUGCGGCGGCCAUGGCCGGAGGUCGACGAAGGCUCAAGAGCAAAAACCACAAGUCGUCUCGCAGCGGCGGACAGCCCAGCCCCGUACACUCGGCCUCACCUCAUCUGAGUCAUGGUUCAGAGUCGCCUCCACAGCAAGUUUCACCCGCAACUUCGGAGGCUUCAGAAACGUCAGCGGAGACGUGUCAAGCAGUCUGCAGCUCGCCCAAGCAGAAGCUCACAUCCUCUCCCUCCAUGCCGGCCCUCAGCACUUACGCUGCAGCAGCCAGCGGGAGCAGCUCCACGAACGGUUCGGGCCCGUUCCCAAACCACUCGAUGUCCUUGUCCCAGACCACCGGACCCACUCCUCCUGCGUCUCAGAAGGGCAAGGGCACCUUCACUGACGAUCUGCACCAACUGGUGGAUAACUGGGCCAGAGAUGCCAUCAACCUCUCCCAGUGCAAGAGAGGUCCUAAAUCUGGGGCGCAGUCAGCCCUGGGACACGAUGUCAUCCCUCCAGCCAACAUGGGUCGUAAAUUCUCAGCUCCUGCGUUCCUCUGUCCGCUUCCCACGCCCGCCAACGCCACCCCCACCGCCACUCACCUCCCGAACACAGCCAACCCUUCUGUCCCUCUGGGGCCUCGUAAAGGCUCCUUGGGCCCAGUGGCCCCAGGAUUCGGAUACUCCUCAGCCCCUUACAGUUCCUCCCAGUGGGCAGGACCCACGGGCACAUGCCAAGUCAACAUGCUCAACCCGGCACAGUUCCAACCGCCCACGACGGCCUCGGCGUCCAUGCACCAAGGCUACCACAUGGGAACUACGUCGGCCCCCCAGAAAUCGGCCGCCUCUGGCGGGUCCAACCUGAGGCCCACGUAGCCCGAUCCGUUCAGGCUGAGGAGGAGGAGCGCACAGGGCAGAGAGGUCAGACAGUCGUUGAUCGAGAUCCACAGCCUCUCUUCGCAGUUUGCUGGUUAACUGGCUUGGUAUUGUGCUGUUUUAUUUCACCUUUUAAUAUUAUGUGUUAUUCCUGUAACAGAGUUUGACCUAUGUGGAUUGAGUCCUCUCAGGCAGAGCUGAGUCUGUCUGGCAAUUUGGAGGGAGAGUGCAAUACACAUCCACAGCACAAAAGUCUCACAUUUAGCCCUGCCAUUAGCUGUGGAAAAAAAACGAGCUGUGACGAGUCAGUUGGUUGCGUCUGGUGAUGUAUCGACCCAAAGGCUUAACCAACAGCUGCCAAAGAUGUCUUUUAAGAGGAGACGUUGCAAUACCGUCAUUCCUUUGAAGGGGAGGAGGUGGGGAGGGACAGGUCUGGACUUGAGGCUAAGCCGGGACUUAAGAGAGUUAAACUAAGACGCCACAAAUAUAACAAGUGCACACCUGUCUAAACGUUAACCUGGUUGAGGGACUUGGUAGGUUAAACUGUCUUAGCGGGCGAGGGGAGAUUGUCAGUGUACAGGAAGUGGGACAUGCGAGCGGGACAGUUUGUCCCAGGUGGAGACAUGAAGUGGCGGGUAGACGUAGGAAGAAGAAGGACUUGGUAAGUUAGGCUGGAUAAUGGAUAGCGUUGCCGUAUAAAUACAUCCCAGUGGCUAUUAAGUUAAACGCAAUAAUGGCAAAAGUAGAUACCGUCUCUUGUAACUGUGGCCUUAAUCCCCAAACACGUUUAAACAUUGUCUUUGUACAUAGAAAUGUCUUCUCUGGGUUAUGAUUCUACAUUUAACAUAUUUAUGUCCCUGUGAGAGUCUGGUGUCAUUGUGAUUUGAGUUGUCUCUGAUUCAGAUUCAUUCCUCACAAAACGUUGUAAGCCGAGUGGAUUUGCCACAUGAAGAAUUGUCCUGGUGUUGACCACCGAUUGGAACUAAAGAGGUGACGCUGCUGUAGAUCAUAAGCUCUGUGUUUUGCAGAGCUUUUAGUUUCUUUGUCUUUUUCGUUGUUUUUUUCUCCCGAAUGGACGCAGGACGACUUGGUGUUUAGUUAUGAGACAUUGGGAAUGAUCAUAAUCUGCUCAUCACAAACAUGCUAAAUUAAAGUAUUUGAGGAAGGUCUCUGACUCUGAGAGGUGUGUCCCCGCUUCUCCCAGAUGUUUACACUGGUGGUGCACAGUACGCAGACGAACAGCAAACUCACAUCACAAAAAUAUUUCUACCCGUUACCUUUAGCUGCGACCUCUCAAAUCACAAGUGUCUGGGGUUCUCUCUUUCUGUGGUCUGUUUUUGUAUGCAUAUAUUUAAUAAAACAAACAACAAUGUUCUUUAUGGACCUGUAUUCAGCCAUCAGAUUUUGAUGUUGUUUCACUGUAAUUAUUAUUAAAGGUUGUUAAACAACAUGUAGUUAAAGGAAUAUAAAAAGUGCAAUUGCAGGGUUGUUGUUAUUGGUAUCCUUCUCACUGUGCAGGAGUAAAUCCUGCAGUUUAUUAAGCUCUUCUAUCUAUAACUGCCCUGCCCCCCCCCCCCCUUUUUCUAUUUUAUUGUGUAUAUAUGUUCAUGUGAGGUAAAUGCUUUCACGUAAUGCUCGGUCACUAGAGUAUGCUUGUGGUGACCCACUCUAAAUGCACACGCACUCUAACCUGCAAACAUGAGGAACACUUUAGUGCCUUGCAUCCUCACUAAUGACAAGUUCCACAUUCAUCUAGUCCUGUAGCCGUGACUGUACUGCAGUAAACCCGAUAACAAGAUCCAAUGUAAACAAGCAACCCGGCACGACCAGUUCAGAGCAUGCGACGCUGAAAACAGAGGCCACACGUAGGACUGCAGAACGGGGAAAGCACACCGGGGGGAAAGUGGAAGCCGUUUCUUUUCUCUCUACAGUUACGUUGUGUAAUCAGCUGUGUGUUUAUACUUGGCUCACGUGGAACGCGGAUCCGUGUUUGUUUUCCUUUCUCCUGCGGAUUUAUCAUUAAACAGUUUCACGGAAACCACUCGUUUUCGGGCGGCGAGUGAGCUGUGCAAAGGUUUAUAAGUUGUCAUGCUGACUCAGCUUUCGUCUCGCCACCUCACGCGAGUGCCAUGCCGCCGUCGUCGUGACUCUUUUUCGCCUGCUCGUAGAUUGAACGAAAUAGUUUAACUUCUCUAGAGAAAAAAAAUAAGUUACUGCAAUGCAGAAUAUGCAAUGUUUAAAGUUUUAUAGGGACCGAGGGGGAAAUUGGAAACAUUUGCAUGCUGAUGAGGGUUGUUAUCAACUUCAAUGUUUUUUGAUAUUGAAAUAUCAGUUUUUUUCUUUUUAAGUAUCUUUUUUUUCUUUGCCUUCUUGAGAGUGUCACUAGUCUGUUUUAUUGCCAUUCAUCAAUAUCUCCGGCACAACCUCAGUAUCAAGACAUACGUAUGAGUUCUGCAUGCUGGCUUACCUGGUGUUCAAUAUAACAAGUGACGACUCACUACUCACGACUGGCUACUGUACAGCACAAGCUCCCAACAAAGCUUACGUUCCGUGUGCUAGUCGGCUGUUAUUAUCAGUAAUUAUCUCAGACGUCUUCUUUACUGCUGGAGGCUACUGACACACACACACACACACACACACAGUUGUUCUCUUUCUUCUGAUCCCUCCUUCCUGACUUCCUGUGAUUCAGUGUCUGUUUUGUGUAUGUUUUUCACAUUGUACAAAAUGUAAAAGCAAAUAAAAAUAAUAUCGAUUAAAA